CGUGUCUAGAACAGUGCGAAAAAUUCAGCGAAAGAUAGUCCAGACCGAGCUUCCUGACCCGAGCCCGUUUAGCAGAGGAAGUUGUCUCAAAGAGCCCCGACGUGCACGCAGAGGUGGGAAUUUGCUUUGCACAACUGCACCGAAUCUGCAGGACUGGGUGGCGGAAGUUUUUCUUAUGUGAAAGGGUACCGUCUCAGUUUUUAGUUUUUUUGUAUCAGGGAGCAGCACCACACCACGUCGUGCCACUCACGGGGAGGAGAGGAGAGAGGGCAGAAGUUUCCGCUGGCUUGUUUUGUCGCUGCGCGGCUGGUAAAUCCGCAGGAAUGUCGCAGAAGGAGAGACCCACUUUCUACCGACAGGAGCUCAACAAAACCGUGUGGGAGGUCCCGGAGCGGUACCAGAACUUAUCUCCCGUCGGCUCCGGAGCUUACGGAUCCGUAUGUUCGGUGUAUGACCUGAAGACAUGCCAGAAAAUUGCAGUGAAGAAGUUGUCCAGACCCUUCCAGUCCAUCAUCCACGCAAAGAGAACCUACAGAGAGCUGCGGCUGCUCAAACACAUGAAGCACGAGAAUGUGAUCGGUCUAUUAGGUUUCACUCCAGCAACAAGCUUAGAGGAGUUCAAUGAUGUAUACUUGGUGACCCACCUAAUGGGUGCAGACCUUAACAACAUCGUCAAGUGUCAAAAGCUGACCGAUGACCACGUCCAGUUCCUCAUCUACCAGAUUCUCCGAGGCUUAAAGUACAUCCAUUCUGCAGAUAUUAUCCACAGGGACUUGAAGCCUAGUAAUCUGGCUGUGAAUGAAGACUGUGAGCUCAAGAUCCUGGACUUUGGUUUGGCACGGCACACAGAUGAUGAGAUGACCGGCUACGUAGCCACCCGGUGGUACCGAGCCCCAGAGAUCAUGCUCAACUGGAUGCACUACAAUAUGACAGUGGAUAUCUGGUCGGUGGGCUGCAUCAUGGCUGAACUACUCACUGGACAGACGCUCUUCCCUGGCACAGACCAUAUAAACCAGCUGCAGCAGAUAAUGCGCCUGACGGGGACGCCCCCAGCCUCCCUCAUAGGCAGGAUGCCCAGCCAUGAGGCGAGGAACUACAUUAACUCACUUCCUCAAAUGCCUAAGAGGAACUUUGCUGAUGUGUUUAUCGGUGCCAACCCUCUUGCUGUGGACUUACUGGAGAAAAUGCUGGUGCUAGACACAGACAAACGGAUCACAGCCUCCGAGGCUCUAGCCCACCCGUACUUCACCCAGUACCACGACCCGGACGACGAGCCAGAAGCAGAGCCUUAUGACCAGAGCUUUGAAAGUCGUGAGCUGGAGAUUGAGGAAUGGAAGAGGUUAACCUACGAGGAGGUAGUCAGUUUUGAGCCGCCGUCAUUCGAUGGAGACGAGAUGGAAUCCUGAGUUGGAGGAAGAGGAGGCACCUUUUACUUCCGUAUUUUGUUUUCCAAGAAACACUCUUUAAGGACUAUGAGUCUGUGAUGACUAUCCACCACUUUCUUACACUUAUAUACACACACACACACACACACACACACACACACACACACCACACACACACACACACACACACACACACACCCCCAUGACAUUCAAGUGCCUGCCGUCAUUAAUCUCCGGGGGAAGUUGUUUUAUCAGGGAUACAACUCCACAUCCUGUUCCUUCUGUCCCCUACUUUGCUGUUUUUGUUACUCGCUGAGGCAGACUUUAAAUUAUCCUUAUAUUUUUAUUGAGUUUUUACCUUCUUUAUUGUUAAUAUUGAUCCCCUCUUUGAUUCAGAAAACUACAAACAAUGUCAGUAACUCCUUUUAUGCAUUUUAUAAAACAAAUGACCACUCGGCAGUAAUUAAUAUUGUAGGAAAUAAGUUUGAUAGAAACCUUUCAUACUGCAGUGUGUCUAAAGUUGAUCUUUCCCCCACACAUUUAAUUAAAACAAUAUUUCUAUCAUAUUAGAGAAUUGUGUAAAUAUGUCAAACAGUAUUUGUACAGAAGUAAUUUAGACAAUAGUUAACCUAUUUCUAUAAUAGACAUAAUAUCUGAGUCACACUUAGCUGAACCCUUUGAAAGUAGGAUGUUUAUUACUAGAGUUUAGUCCAAAAUGGCAUAUUAAAAUAUUCAGUGUGUUAUUUAAUACAAGCAUUUAUAGGAUAGGCUAAAAUAUAAAAUAUUUACCUCUACACAUUCUACACUUUUGCAUGAAAAAGCCGGAUUUGGCUAGUUAGUUUUUUUUUGGUGUGUUUUUUCCCACCACAACACCAACUGACAAUGUACUUUAAUCAUAUUGCAUUUAUAAAACACAGUACUAUUAAUGUUAAUUGAAUGUUCGGGGCACCAGUUCGCCCUGUAUUUAUGAUAUUUUGUUAUGUUGUUUGUAUAUCGAUGUAAAAGAGAAUAUUAUUUGUCAGAUUUUAAGGUUCUUUUAUUAUUUAUGGAAAGCUUACUGUUUCAGAAACCAAAUGUAUCGUCAAUGAUCUCAAAUGUCUUUUAAGCCGUGGUGACUGCCGUUACAGCUUGUCAGGAACAUUGUGAGUACAAUGUUGCAGAUAUUCUAGCAGUUCUCGAACAUGUAUUUAUCAUAUUGUGUUCACUGAGGCACUGCCCUCCAAAGCUAUCUUAUUUUGAAAAGAAAUUCAAUAUAAAACCUAAAAGAAAAAAUAUGUAUUCCAUGAUUUUGUAUUGUCGCCAAAACCACUAAACAGUAUACUCAUUGUCCUGAAGUGUACUACAAAAAUUGACAAAAUCUUAUUUCCAUGUGAACUAUUUUAGGGAUCCUUGUGAGAUACACACUAUAUCCACAGUAACUCUGGCCAAUGUCUACUAAACACCAGUGUCUUCACAAUUUAAUUUGUAACUGCUUGUUUUCUUGUAGAUUUCUCCUAAUAUUAUUUUAUUCUUUGUGUGUUAAAUCAAGAUGUGAUGUUAUCCUGUGAUUCUUGUAAUAUUGAUUGUUUUUGUAGCAAUGCUAGAAUUGUAUUUGUCAUUCAUUUGAAUAAUUUAGCAAGGCACAUGUUUGUAAGACAGAGUGUACGUUUACUCACUGGAUGCUGAAGGGCAAUGCUGAAGCCUCGUUCUUUGUAGUAUUAAAACUAGAUAGGAUAUUUAUCUUGUUCCAUAUUCAAUUAUCAGUAGUUAAUUUGGUAAAUGGUUUCUUUCUUUGCCUGAGAUGUGUUCAUAUCUUUUUAUUACUAUAUGCUUCAUCACAUGUACCAAGACAGCACGCCACCUGUAAAUACCACCAUUAGAAAAUAAAGGCUACUAUUUUUCAAACUUGUAA